CUUUCCUCGAGGAAACGACAUAUCGCUCAUUUUUAUACUCCUCUCAUACCAGUAUUCUCCUUACUACACUCCAACCUUUUCCUUCUUUCCUCUUUCGACCCAAACUACGUUCCACUCUCAACCCUUUCCCCAUCCUUCCAUCUUUACCGUCUUUGAUCGUCUCCAACGCUCUAAACAUCGUAUCUUCCACCGAGUGAAAAACUUUUAUCACCAUGGUAUCAAUCUCCGAAAGAGGAGUUCGAUUAUCUCAUUCUAUACUGUACGGUCUCACAUUAUUAGCAUCCAUCAUAGCUCUUGCUAUCAGUGCAGCUUUGGUUAAAUAUUAUAAUGAUAAUGGUUAUCCACCCGCACAUCAUGAAGCUUAUAAAGCUAGAAUAAGGAUAUUGUUAGUUGCAAGUGUUUGGACUGUGGUUUUUGGACUCAUUUUUUUAAUAGGGUUCAACACUAUAGGUAGACACGUAGCAAUGGGUAUUUUAACACAUUUGGUUCCGACAGCCAUCGGGUUUAUCUUAUUCCUCAUCGGAGUCAGUUCUUUAACGGCUUUAACGGAUAAAGUAGAUUGUGGUAAUUCCGGUCAAUCAUUCAAGAGGUGUGAUAUAGUGAAAGGAUUAGUAGUUAUCAGUUGGAUCGAUACAAUCUUCCUCUUCCUCUCUUUAGCGUUCAUCAUUACACUCGCUUUCAUCGCUAAAGGUUGGUCAGGAGUACAUCGUUCCACUCUUUACAUUGAAUGAUCGUUUCCCUUUCUGCCUCUCCAGUCUCCCCGACUUCUCAAGACUUUUCAUGUGUUUAUUC